AACCAGUUUGUACUGGUCAUAAGAAGCCCUGAAAGAUGCUGCCAGUGGAUUUUCUACUGGUUCUAGUCCCUGUUGUUAAAAUAUCAUUCUUAUAUUAUCCGCGCAUUACAAUUUGAAGAAAACUCGCCAGCGCAUUUUAGCAAAUACGUUCAGGUACAGUAGCAAUACCUUCAUAUUAACAGCCUAGUGGCAGGGGUGCUGGAGUUAUUUGGGUGUGUGAACUAUGCAUCAGCUGCAGAGUCACUUACAACUACGUCUCACCCGAAAGACGAAGCACAAGGAGGUGAAGUGACUUGCUCAGGGUCACACAAUGAGUCAGUGGCUGAAGUGGGAUUUGAACCGGGGACCUCCUGGUUACAAGCCCUUUUCUUUAACCACUGGACCACACAGCCUCCUGGGUGCCGGGGGUGCGGCAGCUUCGCAUGGCUUCCAUCAUAUACAGGGGUUACAGUUUUGUUUAAUAGCUUUCAGAACCCCCACUUUAAAAAUUGUUGGUGCCGCUGCCUAGCGGUUGAUUUGAUCAGCUUGUAUGCCGGCCUGUAUUGCAAAAUCUGGCUGUUGUUUAUCCCGACGUUACGUCCAAGGCACCACACCUCUGCUUCCUUGCCAGAUUCCAAGAUCCUCUUUGGAAAAGCGUCGUCGAAGCCCCACUGUAGAGAGAUGGCAGCUGCAGGUUUUGAACCCGGUGCCGGGCGGGGAAUCAUGGCUGCAGAACAAGAGGCUGAAGAAACUGUUUCUCAAGAGCUGCACAGUGCCUCUGAGCUGAGGAUCGUGCUGCUUGGGAGAAGCUGGGCUGGAAAGAGUUCAUCAGGAAACACCAUCCUGGGCAGAGAGGAGUUUAGAUCCGGAUCCAGCUUCUCUGCCGUAAUGAAGGAGUGUAAGAAGAGAACAGGAGAAGUGUCUGGGAGACGGGUCACUGUGGUCGACACUCCAGACUUGUUAGACACAGACCGGGUUGACAUUGAGAGAUGUGUUUCUCUUUCUGCCCCGGGACCCCACGCUUUCCUCCUGGUGAUACCCGUGUAUCCAAAAGAAAUGAUUGACACUUGUCGUGAGUCUAUAGUAGAACAAUAUUGCAAAUCCUUUGAUAAAGUUCAGGAGCUGUUUGGUGAGAGAGCUGUGAGGAACACGAUGAUCCUUUUCACCCGCGGGGAUGUUCUGACAGGCAGGACGAUUGAGCAGCACAUUGAGGAAGCUGGUGAGGAGCUCCAGCAGUUUGUUGAGAAAUGUGGGAACAGGUAUCAUGUUCUCAACAAUAAGAACAGGAGCGAUCGCACUCAGGUCACACAGCUCCUGGACAAGAUAGAGAACAUGGUGAAGGGAAGUGGAGGCUGCUACACUGUGGAGAUGUGCCUGGAGGAGAAACUUAGACAAACGGAACGAGAGCUUAAAGAGAUGAAACAGAAAUAUGAGGAGGAACAGUGCAGGAGAAGAGAAGAGAUGAAACAGAAAGAUGAAGAGGAUCAGAGGAGGAGAGAAGAUGAGCUGAUGGAGAAGUUGAAGCAAAUGAAGGAAGAGGAGCUGGAGAAAGAGGCAGAGGAAUCCAAGCUGCCUGUCAGGAGAAGGAACAGCAUUGAAGGAGAGCGUCCCAACUUGUCUGGAGGUGAAGGAGAGGCUCCCCUUGCAGAUACCCAAGCGCCUCCCAGCCCCCCUGAGCUGAGGAUGGUGCUGCUUGGGAAGACUGGGGCUGGGAAGAGUGCAGCAGGAAACACCAUCCUGGGCAGAGAGGAGUUCAGAUCUGAAGCCAGCUCCUCUGCAGUAACGAGGGAGUGUGAGAAGAGAAAAGAACAAGUGGCUGGGAGACGAGUUGCUGUGAUCGACACUCCAGAGCUGUCUCAGGACAAACUCCAGAUUAGGAGCUGUGUUUCUUUGUCUGCCCCGGGACCCCACGCUUUCCUCCUGGUGAUACCGGUGGGCCGAUUCACAGAGGAAGAGAGGAGAGCAGUGGAGACAGUCCAGGAGAUAUUCAGUGAGGAGGCUGUGAGGAGGUACAUGAUGCUCCUUUUCACACACAGUGACAAACUGAAAGGCAAGACCAUUGAGGAUUAUAUUCAGACAGGCUGCAAGGAGCUCCAGCAGCUUGUUGAGAAAUGUGGGAACAGGUAUCAUGUUCUCAACAAUGAGGAUAGGAGAGAUCGCACUCAGGUCACACAGCUCCUGGACAAGAUAGACAACAUGGUGAAGGGAAACAACGGCAGCUACUACACCAGUGAGAUGUACCAGCAAGCAGAAGCAAAGAUCAGACAAAGACAAGAGGAGAUACUGAAGGUGAAGGAAGAGACGAUAUUGAGGGAGGAAGAGGAACUGAGGGCAAAGCACCUGAAAGAACUGGAGAACAUGGAAAGGAAGAUGAGAUUGGAAAUCCAGAAACGAGACAAGAAGAUCAGAGAGCUGGAGGAGAGGAUAGGAGAGCUGGAGGAAGAGCUGAGGAAAGAACAGGGAGAGAAUCACAGGAUCAAACUGGAGGAAGAGCUGAGGAGAAAGAGAGAGGAUAGAGAAAGGGCAGAGCGAGAGAAGGAAGAGUGCAUGGAGAAGGGGGAGAGAGAGAUGGGAGAGUACGAGGAGAAACACAGGAGAGAGAUGGAGGCAGUCAGGCAGCGCUACGAGGAAAUCAUUAGACCAGAAGCAGAGAGAGUCAAUGAGUUUAUAAGCAGAUAUGAAAAGCCAGCUGAAGCGAGAGGAGAAAGGGCAGCACUAGGGGCAGUGGUGAGUGCAGUAGCAGGAGCACUGAGAGAAGGGGCUGAGGUAGGGGCAGUAUUACACACAGUAUCCAGAGCAAUAAGAGAAGAGACAGCGCUAGGGGCAGUAUUGCACGCUGCAAAGGAAGCAAUAAGAAAAGGAGCAGCUCAAAGGGCAGUGAUCAGUGCAGUAGCAGCAGCACUGAGAGAAGGGGCUGCGAUCGGGACAGUAUUGCACACAGUAGCAGAAGCAAUAGAGGCAGCACCACAGGAACCCAGUCAAGAGCAGUGAGACAGAGGGUGCUGCUAUUGGACAGGGGGUGGGGUUAUUGAACAGUGGGGGGGGGGGGGGGUGUUAUUGAAUAAUAUCUGAGCAAGAUCUGACGUCCAUAUUCAGAAACAACACUUGUUCUGUUUCACCCUGUAACAAUAUAAACACUGAGUAACACUAAAAAGCUGUUACAAUAGGGACUCCACAUCAAUGAAGGCUUAAACACUGCUGUUCCUGUUAAUAUCGCACUGGACCACUAGAUGUCAGUAUACAACCAAAUAACAAAAUACACGAGGCUGCAGCGCGUUCUGAAGGCAUGUACCUGCAUUUAAAUGGACAGCGCCCCCUUCUCUGGUCUCAUGCAAUUGCACUGUAACGUCAGUAUUCAGAAACCACACUUGAGGGUGAGUGCUCACUUCAGUGCACACGGCCAGUAGGAGCCACACUCGGAGCACUUCAGUGAGCACAAACACUCGGGUGUUUUAUUCUUGAGAAUGAACGGGCUGCUUGUCCUCCUCUUGCUCGUCACUUUUCUUAUGUUCUCGUGUAUUUGAACCUCCUUGUUCAGGGACUCUGUCCGUUUCAAAAUGUAUAUAAACAGCUGAACCCUGAUUUGACUGUGUUGCUCAGCGCUGUGAUGAUCAAUGUAUAGAAACAGCUGAACCCUGAUUUGAAUGUGUUGCUCAGCGCUGUGAUGAUCAAUGUAUAGAAACAGCUGAACCCUGAUUUGAAUGUGUUGCUCACCGCUGUGAUGAUCAAUGUUUAUGAUCAUCUGCUUUCUUAUCAACAAGUUCUGAAGCUGAGGGAACAGGAAGCUUGAAACGUGGUUCCAGGAGAUCACCGGGAGACCUAGUUUGAGGCAGCUUUGCUGUAUCAAACCCCAAGUCUCCCCUGGUGUGCCAUGCAGCGGCCUGAAACCUCGUCUCCUGAAACCAAGUUACAAGCCACAAAGUGACUCUGUGUCCCUUCAGCUUAAGAGCUAUAAUCAGUGAACAGAACAGAACUGAAGCUGUGUGUCUGCGGGAGUUCACUGCUCUGAGUUAUUCUGCACGAGAAAAGGUCAAGGGUAAGAUUUUAUUAAUGACGUAAGAAAUAUAGAUUUUCAUUUUGUUUUAUUUGAACUAACAGGUCACUUCUAUUUUAGUUGAAAUGAAAUGAGAAAGUUUGUCUUAGAUUUAGACUGCUUUCACUAAAUGAUAUUUAACAAUAAAAUGUAAAUAAUGUAAAAAGCAUUAUUCAGAAGUGGAAUAUUAUUUUCCAGUGUAUAAUGAAUACACCCUGUUUUAUACUAAUAAAUAUUCCUUCAGCAGCUAAGCACCGAGACGCUGUGUAUAGCAGAGGACUAUAAGGUGUGUGUACCAAGCAGUGUAUUAAUAAAAGUGUCACUAUAGACUCCCUGCAAGCCUGUGUGUGGAUCCCUUCAUUCUCCAGUCUGACCCUGGAUACAGGAUAAUAAGCCCUUUACAAUUCACAUGCAUUUGCAGGGUUUGUAGCGAUCUCAGGGGCUCUCAAUAAUAAACGCCUGUUUCAAUGUGAAUUCUUCUCUGUGUUGUUGUUCAGUGUGUGUGAUCAGCCCCUUCAUUAAAGCAGGUGGGGGAGUCCCAGGGAGCAGGUUGUGAUUUGCAGAGCUGACCUGGGAUACAGGGAGGGGGAGGGUGCUGGUGUUGAUUCAGCUCUCACCUGGUACCAGCGUGCAAUGGGAUGACACUCCUCUCUUACCUGCGGGGCACAUAUUGCACUGGAUCAGUGAUUCAAAACAACUGGCUUUACAAAGAGAGAACACAAAGACCCUUGCUUACUAAGUGCCUUCAAUAUAUACAGGAUGACAGCGUGGAUCCUAUUGCAGAGCGGUUUGAGCCAGUCCAGGUUUUACAUGAAUAAGAUCCCCAUUGCCUACCCUGUGGGAGUAUUUACAGCUUCACAGUGAUUUGAUCAAUUUCACUUCUGGCGUU